AUGGCAUCAGAGAACCCAGGAGUAUCAGCUCCUCUGUUCAGUACGACCUUGUCCGAACCUAUAACCACCACUGAUCCUGAUCCCGCGCGAUCCAAAUCCCUAAAGCGAGGCCGCUCAGAUCAAGUACCCGCAAACUUGACAUCCAUUGCGCAUGCUGGGCUUGCCGGCUCUCCGUCCCCGAAAUCACCACGCUUCAAAGGGACUUUCUCUCCAGGAUUCGUUCCUGUGCCUUUGACUGGCGAAGCAGCCUUGGCCGACGAGCGGAGGAGGCUCGAGGAGAACCAGCGAAGACAACAAGAGCCUGCCAUGAGUGAGAAUCCCGGCCACAAGGCUCUGUCGUCACUUAUGGCUGGUGGCGGGACUGGAAUGAGUAAACCUCAAGAUGCGCCUCUCGCAACAACCACAUUGAGCGAAGGGCUGUCAACGGCUGCAAAUGCAAUCUCUAUUCCUAGCCCUAUGCACUUCGAGACUUCUCCACAAGAAACCAGCCCGGCCAGUGUGACAAGCCUCGCAAGUUUAGGCAGCUCGGCGCAAACUGCAACCGCAAGCUCAACUCUCGUCGCCAGUCCAGCAGCAAUGACGAGUGCUAUCGAUGCAGAAGUUCGAGAACCAAGACCAAGCAGCAACAACAUGCUCCAAACACCUAGUGAUGAGCAACAACCUAAUCGUGCCCUAUCUUUUCCGGGAAACUUGCUUGGCCAACAAGAUCCGCGAGUGCCUGCCAGGGGUUUAAGUUUGCCAAUGCCAGGACAACAGUUGGCACCAAGGUCUCCGUCACAGAAGAAACACAAGUGUCCCUAUUGUGAGACCGAGUUUACACGACAUCACAACCUCAAAAGUCAUCUUUUGACCCACAGUCAAGAAAAGCCUUAUGUCUGUCAAACUUGCCAAAUGAGGUUCCGACGUCUGCAUGAUCUCAAGCGCCACAUGAAGCUCCAUACUGGCGAACGACCGCAUAUCUGUCCAAAAUGUGAUCGCAAAUUCGCCCGUGGGGACGCACUAGCUCGUCACAGCAAAGGGCAGGGCGGCUGUGCUGGGAGAAGAGCUAGCAUGGGAAGUUUUGGAGGAGAUGACGAUUAUGAGGGCUCAAAUGCCGGGGACGGCGAUGAGAGUAUGAUGGAUGGUGUUCUGUAUGCGAAUGGAACACCACACCCCAAUGAGAGCGAAAUGACGGAGGAGGAGCGACGCCGGUACAGCCUACCCAGUAUCAAGGCUCAACAUGUAUCUGGCCCUGGUAGUGGAGACAGUUACUCUAGCCAUUCGCGAACGCCAAGUACAUACCCACCGGCAGGUCCCCGACCUGGCCAAUCCUCUGGAGGGCUAUACCCUCCAAAUGCUGACCGAGGCGGAUCUUCGGCAUCGACCUCUCCUAGUAUGCAAAACAGUAUAGUCGGUCACACUCCCAACACAAGCAUUUCCUCGAUUCCGCUGAGCACUGGAGGGAAUUCCAUGUUUUCACAAAGCGGUAUGACAGAAAGUCCGAAACCUCUUAGUCCUGGAGGCAUGCAUUCGCAUCAACUUGGCCACGAUCCGUCGUCAAUAAACAGACAGAGAUCGCCAAGCCUCACUACACAAUUUCAACAACAGCACUUUGGUCGACGACAGUCAGGCCGGUCUUCCCCUCCGGCAAUGUCUCCUGGAAUGUCCCUCCCCUCUCCCCAUGGCACAUCUCUCGUUCCUAAACUUCCUGCUCUGGCAGGUUUAGCUCCACCUGAUCAAAGGUAUACAUUGCCAAGUCAGUCAUCAAAUCAACCGUUGCCCGCCAACGGUAACCAUGGUGGUCAACCUGGCCCAGGUUCUACUUCCCCAAGUGCUAUGUAUCAGCCACAAGGUGGACCUACCUCCGGGCGAGGAUAUCCAAGCAGCCCAAGUCAUCAAGGUACGGGAAGUGGUGACAGCAGCAACAACCUCUUUGCAUCUGGAGACCGAGGAGUGUGGAACUACGUCCAACAAUUAGAGGACAAAGUCAAGCAGCUCUCGGAGAAAGUCCAAGCCAUGGAAAAUGCGGAAAAGAGCCAGGAAGACAAGUACAAUCACCUUUUGGAGGAGGUCAUGUCUCUUCGAAGACAAGUGAACGGACAGAAUGCCCCACAGCAGCCACCUCUCCAGGGGCACUCAUAA